AUGGCAAUACUGAUUUCAAAGAAGCAAAAGGACACCAAAACUAUCGACAAUUCCGAAAAUUUUGAUUUCAAGAUUAGAUCUUUAAGCUGUUGUUCGCACCGUAGAAGGAGCGUACGGUUGGCUCACGCCAGUUGGAUUUACGAUGAUUAUGUAAUCACAGGAGGACUUGAAUGUCGCGUAAAAGUAUGGAAGAUAAAGAACAAUAACUUGGAACUUUUACACACUCUAAAAGGACACACUAUGGCUGUAGUUUCCAUAGCAGUAAGUCCGAAAGGCCUUGUUAAAGGUCACGUGAAUUCAAAGAACCGUGUGUUCGCAACAGUAUCAUUGGACUCGAAAAUACUGCUGUGGGAUUUACAAAAAGGUAGAAAGAUAAAGAAAAUUAACAUCGAGUCGGCAGAUGCUUGGCCAUUAGCUUUUUCAUCUGAUGGUUAUUUCAUUUUGUCGGGAAGACACAAUGGUAAUCUUACUAUGACGAACAUUGCAAAUAAUACAGUGGAGAAAGAAAUGUCUACUAAUGGAAAGCUAGCGUUAAGUUUGGCAUGGAGUGAUGACGGCAAACACAUUGCGUGCGGUUCUGUAGACGGCAAUGUAUACAUAUUUGGAGUAUUCAUUUGCGAUGAACAUAAGCUAUUACACACUCUUAAUUUACACAAAGAAACUGUGCGUUGUGUAAAUUUUUCGUUCUCGCCAGCCUCACAUUUAUUAGUCUCCGGGUCCAACGAUGGAUUUGUUAAAAUUUUCGAUACUUUUGAGGAGUCAACGAUAUGCAGUCUAAAACUGAAUGCAUGGGUCAUGAGUGUAUGUUUUAGUCCCGAUAAUACGAGGGUUGCUAUAGCGACUGCUGAUGGUGCAGUCACGAUCGCUCUUGCCGCGGACCUGAAGGUUUUGAAGACUUUCCAGGAACACGUAGGAAAAGUUUGCGACGUCAAAUUUAGUUCGGACGGUACCAAGGUUAUAUCCGUCGCAAAGGAUAAUUCAAUCAACAUAUAUGAGUGUCCAAAACUUUCUUUUUUUUAGCAAUUUUAUUCAAGUUGUUUUUCGAAAAAAUAAUUUAAAAAGAAUAAAUAACUUUUUUUA